CACCAUAUGAGUUAUGUGCUGAACAAACAAGAAAAUGAAGAACUAGGAAAAAUGAAAAAUCAAGUCCCACAGUAAUGAAGAUUGCUAUUCGUCGUAUGCUGUUUUCAGUCAAUUUGGUGUAUGGAAUAAAUAGCACCAGCUACAUAUUGAAAGCUUACUCAAUUCAACUUUCUGAGUGAGUACAAUCUAGAUAUCUAUUUCUACUGGAAACUUGAUGAUUAAAUUUAAUUCAAGCCUGUCAGCUAUAUGUAAAUGCUUAUAUAUAUCCAUGCAGAGAUAUCAAACUCGAGAGUCUUUUACAGAGAGGGAAAACAAAAGAAAAGAAUAUGGGCAAGGCAAGUAUCAAAAGAUUCGACGAAUCCAAAAAUCAAGUAAAAAUAAAAGAAAAAAGAAAACUUUACCUCUCCUUCUCCUAUUACUUCUAUGCAACUUCUCUUAUUCAUAAAGGGGUUUUCAUUGUGCAGAUGAUUGAAGUGGUACCAAAAUGGGUGAUUGUUAUGUUCAACACCAUGUUCUUCAGAACUUGUAAGGCUCAUCCAGGUGCAAAGAAGAACGGAUUGGAUAGGUUUUGCGUUGAUUGCCAUUGCUCUCUAUGUUCUAUCUGCCUUCCAGAUCAUGCGCAACAUAAGCACAUUAAGAUUCGAAGAUAUAUCUACAGUGAUGUAGUCAACCGACAGGAUUUGUGUAAGCUCUUCAACUGUUCUGGAAUACAGACUUAUAUUGCAAACAAAGCCAAAGUGUUGUUCUUGAAGCAAAGGAAUCAAAACUACCAACACCAACAGCAGCAGCAAAGCCAUCCAAAAGAUUAUAGUUGUAUUGUUUGUGACAGAAGCUUACAUGAUAGUAAUUCACUCUAUUGCAGUAUUGCAUGCAAGGUUUCAGACAUAUAUGGGAAUUACAGUAAGAAAGAUGAAGAAUUCCUAUCACUUCUGAAGAAGAGGAAACUAAAGCAAUCUAGAAAGGGAGUCCCUUUAAGGGCCCCAAUGUUCUAA